AUGGGCCCUUCUGGCCCCUCUGGGCCCCCUGGCAAGGAUGGAGAGCAGGGCCCUGUGGGCCCCCCAGGUCUGCCAGGAGAGAGAGGCCCGGUGGGGGAGCCGGGCUCUGUGCCCCACAUCGCCUUCUCGGCCGCCCUGAGCACGCAGCGCACGGAGCCGGGCACCGUGCCCUUCGACAGAGUGCUGCUCAACGACGGCGGAGCCUACGACCCCGAGACGGGGACCUUCACGGCGCCGGUGAGCGGGCGCUACCUGGUGAGCGCGGUGCUGACGGGGCACAAGGGCGAAAAGCUGGAGGCGGUGCUGUCGCGUUCCAACCAGGGCAUCGCGCGCCUGGACUCGGGGGGCUUCCAGCCCGAGGGCCUGGAGAACCAGCCCAUAGCCGAGCUGCAGCCCAGCCCUGGCUCACUGGGGGUCUUCAGCCUCAUCGUGCCGCUGGAGGCGGGCGAGACGCUGUGCGUCGAUCUGGUGGCGGGGCGGUUGGCCCACGCGCCCGACGAACCCCUCACCGUGUUCAGCGCUGCGCUGCUCUACGACACCCUGUGGGCCCCGGGAUGGGGAAAAGGAGGUGAAGGAGGAGGGUUUGGGGGAAGCGGGGCCGUGUCACGCAUGGGGGUUUAUGGUUUUGAGGACGGAGUGUGGAAACGGUUGCAGAGCUCGUGGGUGUGGGGCUGA